CUAAUGCAAAAGAACAAUGAACAGGAUUUUUGAUAUUUUGAUUUUAGUUUAUGUUUUAACCGAGUGUGCCCAAUGUACACGGCACCACGAAUUUUCUUAUGGCGGACAUUUGUAUGGACCCACAAAAUGGGGCGUGACAUGGCGUGAAUGUAAUGGAGAAAACCAGUCCCCUAUUGACCUGCAGUCCUCCAAAUGUAAAAAGAAACAAUUCAGAGUGAAGUUCAACAACCAUGGCGAGAAAUGUGACGGAUAUCUCAUAAAUAACGGACACGCCCCUACGUUUGUUGUCAGGAAAUGUAACAAGAAGAAAUUCAUCACUGGAAUCCCGUAUUACCCGAAUGUAGACUAUCAGCUGGCCCAGUGGCAUUUCCACUUCGGUUCAAAAGGAGACUGGGGAACUGAACACGCCAUUAAUGGCAAAAGAUACUCCGCCGAGCUUCACAUGGUUCAUUUCAAUACCAAGUAUGGAACUGUGACCAAUGCUAUUGAUAAGAAAGACGGUAUAGCAGUCGUUGCUAUUUUAUUUAAGGAAAGUCGGAAAUCCCGACUCUCACCAGUGGACUUAUUUUUCCGGAAGUAUGGCUCCCACGUGUUUCACCCAGGACAUGCAGUCAAGGCGGUGUUUAAUCCUGUAGAAUGUAUUCCUAAAAAUAACCGUAUGUUCUUCUAUAAGGGAUCACUAACGACGCCCGGAUGUUACGAGAGUGUUAACUGGCUGGUUUUCAAACAGAUCUUGGAUAUAUCACCAAGAACAAUGGCGUAUUUCCGGAAACUGAAAACUUUUCAUCAUGAAGCCCCCAUUGCCCAACUGACCAACCUGCGACCACUACAGACACUGGGCAAAAGGAAAGUGUACUGUAACACCUGAACACGGAAUAAAAUAAAUCGAGAAAAUGAGAUGUCUGAAAUAUAAACUGAACGAAUGUUUGGAGGCUCAAUUUUUGCUGUAAAGUGAUGACAAACGUUACACGUUUCACACACUGCAUUAAUCGAUGUAUAAACAUGCAAUCAAAUACGGAAGAGCAUGCUAGGACUCAGUAGUUUAAUCCCAGCCACCACCACCCAACCUUUUACAAGGUUUUUGUCAAAAAGACUAAAACCGACAAAAAUAAUCUAAAAAGUGAAUUGGAAUCAGGAAUGCAGGUUGACUAUCGACGAUGUUUAUUUUUU